ACCGUGCGCACGGAGGUCCCGCCCCCUGCACGUCGCGGAGCGUUAACGCUGAGUUGCACUUGAGGCGGAGGAGAAGAAACGGAGGAAAACAAAGAUGAGCGGCCGCAUUAUGCAAGCGGCUCGAUGCCCGACCGACGAACUGUCGUUGACCAACUGUGCCGUCAUCAAUGAGAAGGAGCCACAGUUUGAACAACACGUGACCGUGCGCAAUUUAAGCCACAAGUUUGUGUUCACCUUGAAGAAGCAUCCGAGUGUCAAAUCCGGGACCAUCGCCUUCAGUCUGCUACAGAGAAAGUGGGCAGGCCUAUCGAUUGGUCAAGAGGUUGAAGCAACAAACUACAAGUUUGACAAGACCAAGCAGUGUAUAAGCAGCAUGACAGUGGAGAUAGACUUCCUGCAGAAGAAGAUCGUGGACAACAACCCGUACGACUCCGACAAGAUGGCCGGCGAAUUCCUCCAGCACUUCAACAACCAGGCUUUCUGCGUCGGCCAGCAGCUGGGGUUCAGUUUCUGUGAUAAGCUGUUUGGCUUAGUGAUAAAAGACAUUGAGGCCAUGGACCCCAGCUUCCUGAGCGGAGAACAAGCCUCUGGCAAGAAACCGAAGCUUGAGAUUGGCUUGUUGCUGGGAAACAGUCAGGUGAUUUUUGAAAAGUCAGAAACCUCGUCCAUGACUCUGAUUGGGAAAGCCAAGACCCGAGAGUCUCGCCAGUCCAUCAUCAGCCCGGACUGGAAUUUUGAGAAGAUGGGCAUUGGCGGCCUUGACAAGGAGUUCUCUGACAUCUUCCGCAGAGCCUUCGCCUCCCGAGUCUUCCCUAUAGACAUAGUCGAACAGAUGGGCUGUAAGCAUGUGAAGGGGAUCCUGCUGUACGGACCCCCAGGCUGCGGUAAAACCCUGAUGGCACGACAGAUUGGCAAGAUGCUCAAGGCCCGGGAGCCGAAGAUAGUCAACGGCCCCGAGAUCCUCAACAAGUACGUCGGGGAGUCUGAGGCCAACGUCAGGAAGCUGUUUGCAGACGCUGAGGAAGAACAGAAGAGGCUCGGUGCCAACAGCGGCCUCCACAUCAUCAUCUUUGAUGAGAUCGAUGCGAUCUGUAAGCAGCGUGGCAGCAUGGCCGGCAGCACCGGCGUCCACGACACCGUGGUCAACCAGCUGCUGUCCAAGAUCGACGGAGUGGAGCAGCUCAACAACAUCCUGGUCAUAGGGAUGACCAACAGGCCGGACCUGAUAGACGGGGCCUUGUUGAGGCCAGGGAGACUGGAGGUCAAGAUGGAGAUUGGGUUACCGGAUGAAAAGGGCCGCAUUCAGAUCCUUCACAUCCACACAGCGAAGAUGCGUCAGAACGAGCUGCUGGCCGACGACGUGGACGUUAAGGAGCUGGCCGUGGACACCAAAAACUACAGUGGUGCCGAACUGGAGGGCCUGGUCAGGGCUGCACAGUCCACCGCCAUGAACAGACAUAUAAGGGCCAGCACCACUGUGGAGGUGAACAUCGAGACGGCGGAGAAGCUGCAGGUCAGCCGGCUGGACUUCAUCACGUCGCUGAAUAAUGACAUCAAACCUGCGUUCGGUACCAACCAGGAGGACUAUGCCAGCUACAUCAUGAAUGGUAUCAUCCGGUGGGGCGACCCGGUGUCGGCGGUGUUGGAGGACGGGCAGCUGCUGGUGAAGCAAACGAAAAACAGCGACCGCACGCCCCUCGUCUCCGUGCUCCUGGAAGGUCCAUCGAACAGCGGUAAAACGGCGCUGGCAGCUAAGAUUGCGGAAGACUCCCAGUUCCCCUUUAUCAAGAUUUGCUCCCCCGACAAGAUGAUCGGACACUCAGAGAUCGCCAAAUGCCAAGCCAUCAAAGAGAUAUUUGAAGAUGCCUACAAAUCCCAGCUGAGCUGUGUGGUCGUGGACGACAUAGAACGCUUGUUGGACUAUGUCCCAAUCGGUCCUCGUUUCUCCAACCUGGUGUUACAAGCUCUGCUGGUGCUGCUGAAGAAAUCUCCUCCUAAGGGCCGGAAGCUGCUGAUCAUUGGCACCACCAGUCGUAAAGACGUCCUCCAGGAAAUGAGGAUGUUAAACGCUUUCAGCACCACCAUCCACAUUCCCAACAUCUCCAGUGGGGAGCAGCUGAUGGAGGCUCUGGAGCUGCUGGGCAGUUUCCAGGAGAAGGAGCGGGCCAUCAUAGCAGAAGCUGUGAAGGACGACAGUCUGUCGAUUGGCAUCAAAAAGCUGCUCAUGCUGAUUGAAAUGGCCGUGCAGAUGGAUCCCGACUACAGAGUGAGCAAGUUCCUGAGCCUGUUGAGGGAUGAAGACUUGGCUAGUUUCCAUCUCUCUUGAUCCCUCCUUCCUUCCUUCCUUCCUUCCUUCCUUCCUUCCUUCCUUCCUUCCUUCCUUCCUUCCUUCCCUUCUUCCCAUCCCCGAAGCUCUGAGCACUUCUCUAUCUGCACUGCGGCUUUCUGCAGCAGCAAAUGACCAGGCGACCUCCUGUGAUGAUUAAAAUGAGAAGAAUAUGCAGUGUUUGUGGUGUCUGUAUAUACUGUGCUGUGAUGACUCCAUUUUGAUUUUAUAUAUGAAAGAGUGAAGGCAAAAGAUGCGAAGUAGAUAUUCAUGCAUAAACACUAAUGAUUAUACUGUUCAUAUGGGCCUCAUUCGUUUGUAAGCACAGACUUGUGAUCUGAUCAUUCCACAACUUGAAGAUCUCACUUUGUUACGUUUUUCACAUUCACUUACUUAAGUUUGCUCACAUUUAUAUUUUAUGAAUAAAUUGAUUCUAAUACUAAGAAGAAACUCAGCGGAAUUGCUGGAAUUAAUCAUUAAAUCAAAUGACGAUGUAACUUUCUCAAGGGAAGUUGUUUGGUGUAAUAUCCACAGAGGAACAUGAAGGACUGAUAUCGUCCAGUUAGUUGAAACUAUUUCUCUUUCACCCUGAGAAAAGCCUUGUGCACUACAGCAACUCAUUAACCAGGGAAAAGAAACGAUCCAUUAGAUCUUAUAGUAGUUACAUAGUUGUUGAAUUGAACCAAUCAGGAACAUGUGUUGUGUCAGUUACUCCUCCAUUGAUGAAACGUCUUACAGAUGGAAAUUGUGUUGUUACAGCAUGUGGUCAUCUUCCCUGCAUUUCUUCUUCAACAGUUAUUACAACAGUUAUUAGUAUGUGUGCCUGUUUGUUUUUGUACCUCUUUAGGACCUUUUCGAGCAGAAACACUGACCCUGUCAGGACCAGUGGACCUUAUGGGGACCAAAGUUCGGCCCUAAUAAGGAUUUAUUGACAAUAAAAGAAGAUAUAAUAUAAUAAAUAACUUGUUCUUUCAAUU